CGGCCGAGACGCGGAGCGGCGGGCUGGCGCCGGGGCUCCGGCUCCUCCGGCGGGGCUAGGCCAUGAAGCUGGCGCGGCUGCUGCGCGGAGCCGCCGUGGCCGGCCCGGGGCUGCGCGCCGCCGGCCCCCGCGACCGUCGCAGCUUCGCCUCAGACUCCGGUUCGGGUCCGGCGGCGGAGCGCGGCGUUCCGGGCCAAGUGGACUUCUACGCGCGCUUCUCGCCGUCGCCGCUCUCCAUGAAGCAGUUCCUGGACUUCGGAUCGGUGAACGCUUGCGAAAAGACCUCAUUUAUGUUUCUGCGGCAGGAGUUGCCUGUCAGAUUGGCAAACAUCAUGAAAGAAAUAAGUCUGCUUCCCGAUAACCUUCUCAGGACACCAUCUGUUCAGUUGGUGCAAAGCUGGUACAUCCAGAGCCUUCAGGAGCUUCUUGAGUUUAAGGACAAAAGCGCUGAGGAUGCGAAAGCCAUUUAUGACUUUACAGAUACUGUGAUCCGAAUCAGGAACCGCCACAAUGAUGUAAUUCCCACAAUGGCACAGGGAGUGGUUGAAUACAAGGAGAGCUUCGGGGUGGAUCCUGUCACCAGCCAGAAUGUUCAGUACUUCUUGGAUCGAUUCUACAUGAGUCGCAUUUCAAUUAGAAUGUUGCUCAAUCAGCACUCUUUAUUGUUUGGUGGGAAAGGAAGUCCAUCUCAUCGAAAACACAUCGGAAGCAUAAAUCCAAACUGCAAUGUAGUUGAAGUUAUUAAAGAUGGCUAUGAAAAUGCUAGGCGUCUGUGUGAUUUAUAUUAUAUUAACUCUCCUGAACUAGAGCUUGAAGAACUAAAUGCAAAAUCACCAGGACAGCCCAUACAAGUGGUUUAUGUACCGUCCCACCUCUAUCACAUGGUGUUUGAACUUUUCAAGAAUGCCAUGAGAGCAACCAUGGAACACCAUGCCGACAGAGGUGUUUACCCUCCUAUCCAAGUCCACAUCACACUGGGUAAUGAGGAUUUGACUGUGAAGAUGAGUGACCGAGGAGGUGGCGUUCCUCUGAGGAAAAUCGACAGACUCUUCAACUACAUGUACUCAACUGCACCCCGUCCUCGCGUAGAGACUUCCCGCGCAGCACCCCUGGCUGGUUUCGGUUAUGGAUUGCCUAUAUCCCGUCUUUAUGCCCAGUACUUCCAAGGAGACCUAAAGCUGUAUUCCUUAGAGGGCUAUGGGACAGAUGCAGUGAUCUACAUUAAGGCUCUGUCCACAGAAUCCAUAGAAAGACUGCCCGUGUAUAACAAGGCCGCCUGGAAGCAUUACAACACCAACCAUGAAGCUGAUGACUGGUGUGUCCCCAGCCGAGAGCCAAAGGACAUGACGACCUUCCGCAGUGCCUAGAUGCUCUGGUCACACCCGCCAAGGCCAAGUGUGGAUUUUGUGUUAAAUUGGAGGGGAUGGGUUCAGAACUACAUUAUACCAAAUACCACAGAUUGUUCUCACAGUUAACUGAGUGGAAUCAGCAGCUUGAGUUCCACUCGUGCCUGGCAAACCUCCUGAAGGAUGGAACUGUCUCUAUUUUAUACUUUUAGUCAAUUGGACGUAACUUCAGACAAACUUAGAUUUCGUUAAUUUUUUUUCUUCCUGUAGGCUUCAGAUGUGUGCAUGUCUUAGGUUUCUAUAGGAAGCUGUGUUUUUAAAAAGUAUUUUUCACUUAUGUCUGCUGGAAACAUAAGUACUGAUUGUAUUUGGUUUAACCAGUUUUCUGUGAUUUGGAGACGUUCUUGCUAUCCUACACUGAAUAGUGAAAACUAAAAUAUGGUGACCAACUACACAUAAAGCAGAACGCAUAUACCUUGUAAACCUAGGACCCGCUCCCGUUCACUGUCUGCUGUCUACGUGCAUUGUCUUAGCUCUGAAGUUAAAUUUUAAAGUUUUAUUAUAAAAGAUUGCAGUGGCUAGUUUCCUGUAGAUCUAAAGCCAAGAUCAUGGUGUUUCAAACUUACUGGUGAUCAAUGAAAGGGGAAAAAUUUUGUAUUAAAAAUGUACUGGCAGCUGAAGAAAAUUAUAGGCAAGAAAUUGAAGAUGGGGUAACGAGUCCCUCCCCGCAGCUGACCUAACCAGCUGCUUGCUGAGAUAAGGAAGUUUUGAGUAGAGUUUUUCCAGGUUCCGCCUCAGACAUCCUGCGUCAGAAUCUUGAGGGUGUGAGCCCAGAGAUGUGUUCUAUCACACACUUCCUAUGUGAGUCUGAUGUGAGCCCAGUUAGGAUGCUGACUUGGACUAAAUAGUGAGGACAAUGUUGUUGCUAAAGUAACAAGGAUCUUUAGGAUGGUUUCUGUCUGUCUCAAGGUCAGAUUUUGGACCCCCAGGAGAGAGAAAUAAUCUAAGCCUAGUGCAAUUUGAGGCACGAUUAGAGGCAGAACAGUAUGAUUACACAAAAGAGACAGGUAACCAGAGAAUCAUAAAUGCACAAAUCUUGACCAAAAAAAAAAUGCCUAUUUUCUAUAUGACUUUUUUUUAAAACCAGGGAAGGGAAAGUUAGCCUAGUUUUGUGAUGACAGGCCUUUGUAUCCUUAUGGUAAUUUGUAAUUUACAAAACCUUUGGUGUGUUGUGAUCAUGCUGUUGGUGUUCAGGGCAACUAGCAGGUGCCUCAUGCUCCUUUCAGAGUGUGGCUAGAAGUUACACAGAAUUGGCUCCAGAGCCAAAAAUAAGAGGCUAUGUUGUCAGUCAUACCUCAUCUUUUAACAUGACAGGCAAACAUGCUGAAAAUUCAAAGUAAAAAUCUAACAUUUAAAGAACAGCCUUGCACAUUAAACUUAAGAACUGUAUUUAUCUGCAAAAGAACAUUGAGUUGAAACACUUCUUGAUCACAUAAGAUUAAUAAUUCUAUAUAAAUCUGUAAGUUGGAAGGGCUGUUAAUGGACAUUCCGUCUACUUACCCGCACUGUGGAGAUGAGGAUCCAGACACUCAGAGGAGGUUGCCUAACCUAGGGUGUCUUACAUGAGGAAAUCUGGCCAAAUAUUGGAAACAGGGAUCUUAUAUAACCUGUCCCUCAAUUAUGGAUUCUUUGAAAGAUCAAAUAUAUUAAUAUAUUGAUUUAUAUUAGUUCAGCCUGUUACAAUUUUUUACUUUAAGCUUGUAAUGAUGAAAUUUUUAGAAUCCUUCUAAUUGAAAUGUUCACUUUUGUAAAUGAGACAUUUGUAAAACUGACUUAAGCUUGACAUUUUUACCUUUAAAAUAUUUCCACCUAAAAGAAAGUGUUACCUUCUUAAGAACUAAGAAAUGGUUUGCAAAGGAAAAGAAAAGUUGUUCUCCUUUUGCUUCGUGAGUUACAGCUUUAUGUUUUGUGGUAAAGAACAGAAAAUGACAAAAUGUUCUGGUAGACCUUUUUCCAAGUUGAUAUCAAAUCAUUUGAGCUAUCUGAGAAGUUUUUAAAAUUCUUAGCUGAGCUAUUUUGACUACUAGGAUUAAUGUGAUGCAGUAUAAAUAUAAAAAUACUUGAAAGGAUAGGAAGUGAACAUUAAUUUUUAGAACUUAAAAAUUAGUCAUGUGCCAACAUUUUUUAGGAAAUGAUAGAAAAGAAAAUUCUGUCUAUCCUUUAAUACUGGCUGACUUUUGAUGUCUUCAUACUUAAACCUGAUCACUUUCUUUGACUGUGAAAUUUUUACAUGAAAAUGUUAAAGGGGACAUCUACCUUAUUGUUUUAUAAAAUGUUUUCUAUGUGGCAAUAAACUGAAAAUGUGGACCAGCUCUCACUUUGAACAUAAACUGAAUCAAUUUUGGCUUUUAAAAAUAUCAUGUCUUUUAAAUAGAAAACUCCUCUAUCACCAAGGCCCAACAUUCUGUAAACGUCGGAAAGACUGUAGCUUGUUGGCUUGCACUAGAUCUCACUGUCUCCAAAAGAAGUGUGUUUGGAAUUUGAGUUUCUAAUGUAUAUAUUCCAACAAAGCAAGAGGUGAAGUUUGUGUGGUUUGAAUUACCCUAGAUUUUCACACAAAAUCUAGACUCACUGGAUAAAUGAAGAUGUUCUGUUGUGUGAUUUCGAAAGGCUGUAAAUAAAUUUGAAAUUUGA